UUAGUCUUUAUUCUUUACCAUUAUCUCUCUGAAGUCUAUACAACCUGGUGUGAUGUAGUGAAUAACGUAUCCCGCGAAACACUGAAUCAUUCCUAGCUCAUCUUCUCUGCGACGACCACGACUCUGUUUGGUUUCAGAGAAAAUAAAAUUUGAUUUUAUCGUAACUCAGGGUUUCAAAUUACAAUUUCUCUCCAUAAAUAACCCUCCGGUCAUGCUAUAGAAGGCCACUUUCUCUACGUCUUCUAUCUCUGUCUCUGUUUGGAAGCAGCCAUGGCGGGUCGUAGGGACGGGUUUAUGACGAGAAACAGCAACGGUAACUCGCUUCGCGGAUCUCGAAUCGCCGUAGCUAUCACGAUCGGAGUUCUUCUAGGAUGCGUCUUUGCCUUCUUGUAUCCUCACGGAUUAUUCCGCUCCGAUCCACAAAUCAUAAAUCCUCGGCUUGUAAAAUCUAAUCUCCAGGUUGGUUCUCCCUCAUGUGAAUCCCCAGAACGGCUUAAGAUGCUCAAGUCUGAUAUUGUGGCAUUAUCAGAGAAGAAUGCUGAUCUGAAGAAGCAGGUCAGGGAGCUAACGGAAAAGCUACGGCUGGCUGAACAGGGAAAAGACCAGGCUCAAAAGCAGUUUAUGGUAUUGGGUGAACAGCAUAAAGCCGGGCCUUUUGGUACGGUAAAGAGUUUGAGAACCAACCCAACUCUUAUCCCUGAUGAAUCCGUGAACCCAAGGUUGGCAAAGAUCUUGGAGGAAGUUGCUGUUAGGAAAGAGCUUAUAGUUGCUCUCGCCAAUUCAAAUGUGAAAUCAUCAUUGGAGGUGUGGUUCGCUAACAUCAAGAGAGUGGGUAUACCCAAUUACCUGGUUGUGGCAUUAGAUGACGACAUUGAAAAUUUCUGCAAAUCCAAUAAUGUCCCAGUGUACAAGAGAGACCCAGAUGAAGGUAUUGAUUCAGUUGCAAGAACAGGAGGUAACCAUGCUGUCUCAGGACUGAAGUUUCGGAUCUUGAGGGAAUUCUUGCAGCUGGGUUACAGUGUUCUGCUCUCAGAUAUUGAUAUAGUUUACUUGCAAAAUCCAUUUGAUUAUCUUUACCGUGAUUCUGAUGUGGAAUCCAUGACUGAUGGUCACAACAACUAUACAGCUUAUGGAUAUAAUGAUGUCUUUGAUGAACCAGCUAUGGGUUGGGCUCGAUAUGCUCACACCAUGAGGAUAUGGGUAUAUAACUCUGGCUUUUUCUACAUAAGACCUACAAUUCCUUCAAUUGAGCUUUUGGAUCGUGUAGCUGACAGGCUUGCUAACUCGAAAGCAUGGGACCAGGCUGUUUUCAAUGAGGAGCUCUUUUUCCCUUCACAUCCUGGGUACACUGGACUUCAUGCUUCCAGGAGAACUAUGGAUUUCUAUCUCUUUAUGAAUAGUAAGGUCCUCUUCAAGACGGUGAGGAAGGAUGCUAAACUAAAAAAGCUGAAGCCAGUCAUUGUUCAUGUGAAUUAUCACCCGGAUAAACUUUCCAGGAUGAAAGCAGUUGUCGAGUUCUAUGUUAAUGGCAAGCAAGAUGCACUGGAUUCUUUCCCUGAUGGUUCUAACUGGUAGUAGUAGAUCUAUAGAAGAUCUAAUUCUGACCCACAGGCAUGGGUCUGCAGUUUACUUCAUGCUACAAUUCCUGGGAUAUGGGUAGGUUUAUCUGAUUGCACUCUCUGAAAGCAAUGUGAAAUAUCUUUUUAUUUUUAUUUUCAAAGAAAAAGAACCGAUUAUGAGUUUCCCUUUCAAAUUUUGUUUUUGCUUUAUUCUCAUUAUAGUUUGUGGUUAAUUUUGAUUCAGUGCAUCAGACUGGUUAUCCAGAUGUUUAUGCAUACUUGGCAAAUGUUUGUGGACUGUUUGCUGGUCUUAUGAUUCCUGUACUUGUUCUGCUUGAAUGAGUUUUAUCCUAGAGUGGUUUAGUUGUGAA